AGUAUGAGUUGUCGAUCAGAACAUAUAUGGAUAGAACCUAUAAUGGGGGCUCGAAAAACAAGUAAUUUCUGCUGGGCUGUUAUCCUUUUUUUAGGUUCAUUAGGAUUCUUGUUGGUUGGAACCUCGAGUUAUCUUGGUAGAAAUUUGAUAUCUUUAUUUCCGUCUCAGCAAAUAGUUUUUUUUCCACAAGGGAUUGUGAUGUCUUUCUAUGGGAUCGCGGGGCUUUUUAUUAGCUCCUAUUUGUGGUGCACAAUUUCGUGGAAUGUAGGUAGUGGUUAUGAUCGAUUUGAUAGAAAAGACGGAAUAGUGUGUAUCUUUCGUUGGGGAUUCCCUGGAAAAAAUCGUCGGGUCUUCCUCCGAUUUCUUAUAAAAGAUAUUCAGUCCGUCAGAAUAGAAGUUAAAGAGGGUAUUUAUGCUCGUCGUGUCCUUUAUAUGGAUAUCAGAGGCCAGGGAGCCAUUCCAUUGACUCGUACUGAUGAGAAUUUUACUCCACGGGAAAUGGAACAAAAAGCUGCUGAAUUGGCUUAUUUCUUGUGUGUACCUAUUGAAGUAUUUUAAGAAAUCAGAGAAAUU